ACCAGACAGGCAAUUGUCCCGCUGGUUUAUUUCACCAGAUCUACUUUCUCGCGACUGGAUUAGGUGCCUCCGCUAUGCCUCGCUGCUCAGCUUGCUCUUCAGGUGUGCGGAUGCCGGGCGAGGGGCCUGUUCGCAGGUGGCCGUCAUUCAACGACCUCGAAAGCUCCGCGGCUUCGGGCUGCGACGUCUGCACGCUGUGUAGGCAAUAUCUCUCAAACUGGAUCCAACGGAAAGCGCUGUGCGACACGCUGGGAGAUGUGCGGCUCUAUGCCUACGACGACCACUUUAGUCUGGAGUGUCCUUCGCUGCAAGGGGCCCUCAACCUGCCCGUCGAGGAUAUAGACAAGUCUCGCCAAAACAAGCCCGUAUCUCCUAGUGGCCAUGGAGUUCUGGAAACACCCAGUGCCUGGCUUCAGAGGUGUCUGACCAGCCACGACGUUUGUGAUGACACCAUCUCCUGGAUGCAGCGCGUUGAGGGUGAAGCCGCCUCCAACCUGCCGAGGCGGCUCAUCGACUUGAUGAACAUUGAUAGCGUCGUAAUUAUAGACUGUGCAGAUUGGCUCGCCAACGAUCUCGCCUCGCCUGCCGACCUCCGGGACUACUGCACUCUAAGCUACCGUUGGGGCCAGACGACCCACGACUACGUUCUAAAGACACCGUUCGAUGUACUCCUGGAAAUGCCGCUCGCGUCGAUGCCGCAGACGUUCAAAGACGCAUUUGCGGUCGUUCGCGCCUUGGGCAUUCGCUUCCUCUGGAUAGAUGCCCUUUGCAUCGUGCAACCUACGGCAGGCGACGACGGCGACUGGCUUGCCGAAGGGCCACGAAUGGGAGCCGUCUACCAGAACUCUGUCCUCACCAUCGCAGCCACUUGCGCGCUCCAUGCCCAUGAGGGUUUUCUCGCCCAGACUGGCGCCAGCGUCUUCGCGGCAGAGCCCUGCACCACCACUAGGGUAGUUAAGGAAGAAGACGGUACGCAGAAGACGAAAGACGUUUUGAUGAAGACCAGCACUCCCGACUUCUUUCAGUGCGUCUCCAACUCGGCUCUAAACGAGCGCGGCUGGGUCAUGCAGGAGCGCGCCCUCUCGAAGAGAGUAGUGCACUUCACCGAACACGGCAUCUUCUGGGAGUGCGGCGGGCUUAAGGCUCAUAACAUCUAUGGCGGCCUUGGUCAGCAAGUCGACCAAGGUCGCUGCCGGCACAAAGAGUCGAUGAUAAGCGUAGCGAGAUCGAAGCGUACCCGCCACCUAUGCCCUGUGGAGUGGUUCCAUUUCGUAAAGCAAUACUCGUAUGCCAAGUUCACCAACCCACAAGACCGUCUUAUGGCCCUGUCAUCCGUCGCGCGAGCCGUACAGCCCGUCAUCGGGGCUGAGUACCUGGCUGGACUGUGGGCGAACGACCUAAUUCGAGGUCUGGAAUGGCACUGCUUCAAACCAGAACCGAAGCCAAGAACUUACGCGGCGCCGACUUGGAGCUGGGCGUCCGUGGGCUCAGGUAUUGAGUUUACUGCUCUCUGUUGGCACACUUUCUAUGAUAAAGUUGUCGAGGUGGUUGGCACCGAUGUUCGUCCGUCUCCCGGAACCGAUCGCUACGGGGAGAUAUCGACAGGGAAGCUAAAGCUCAGAGGCACGCUGGACCAUCGAAAGUUCCCCGAGACGGCGCCAGAGGAGUAUGACAGGCACUUGAAGAUAUACUGGGAUGAGAUGCAAUGCGAGUCACCGGCGCAUUCUGGCUGGAGGGACUACACCGUGCUUCCAAUCUGUGGCCAUAGUGCUACUGGGAUGACUCUCGGCUACGACACUAUGUUUGGAGCAAUCAUUCUCGAACCUAUCGGCGACACAAAGACAAAUGCAAGAGGAGUUUUGGAAAGCAUUACGCGAGAGUACCGACGUAUUGGAUGGGUAGAAUACGAUUGCCCGGAUGCCAGGAUGCACUCUCACCUACAGAGGACGGAGUACUUCAGCUUGUGGAAGGAGAAGGAUCCUACGGAGGUUAUUAUCAUAUAAUGUAACAUGCUAUAAAUAGGGCAGAUCGCACUAGCGAGAUAAAAAUCCUAGAAAUGUAGUAUUGGUUAAGUUAUGCAGUCAAAAUUCAGAUGGGAAAGACAGCGAG